AUGAUCUCUAUUCGCGGCUGGAUCUGCGGCUUCCUAGUUCCAACCGCACUCGCUCAAUGGGCAGACCCCAGCCUCACGCAGGUUGCUCUUGGCGCAAAUAACGCAUGCGAAGCUGGCAGUAUACAACAUCCUGCGCUCGAUGGCAUUCGUAUCAUUUCACUUACUGCGGCUGAACAACGGAACUUCUCAUACAAUUUUCACCCUAGAUUCCGGUUCGGCCGCGCGAUUCAUGGCCUAAACUUCUGCAACGUCACAGUGAUCUAUACUCAUCCCGGGUGGAACGAUGAAAUCGAAGUUACGACCUUUCUUCCGAUGGAAAAUUGGAACGGAAGAUUCCAGGGAAAUGGAGGCGGCGGAUGGGUUACGGGGGGGAUCGAAGUGGGCGGGAUCACGAUGAUGCCUUCUUUAGAGGCAGGAUUCGCCGUCAGCACGACUGAUGGUGGCCACUCGAGUAAACUUGACGAGGCAUCAGGAGAUGAUAUGUCUUGGGUAUUCACCAGUUCCGGAAACAUCAACUGGCCUCUUUUUAUCGACUUCUCCCACGUCGCCUUACACGACAUGGCCACAAUUGGGAAAGCUUUGACGGAGGCUUUCUACGGCACCCCCCCAAAGUACACGUACUUUUACGGCGGAUCAACUGGCGGAAGACAGGCUUACAUGCUAGCCCAGCGCUAUCCAGAUGACUUCGAUGGGAUUUUAGGAUUCUGUCCUGCCAUCAACUGGGAUAUGUUCCAAUGGUCUCCUUUGUGGGCUCAUAGAGUCAUGGAUAAAAAGGGCGUCUACCCGCGACCUUGCGAGUUCGAAGCCAUCACGGCUGCGGCCAUGAAAGCAUGCGACGGGCUUGAUGGAGUCGAGGAUGGAAUUGUCUCUAUGCCCUCUCGGUGCUUCUUCAAUGCCAAUACCCUCGUCGGCCAACCUUUCAACUGUGGAGGGAAAGACGCGUUGUUCACUCUCGAAGCAGCAGAGGCGGCAAAUGCUGCUUGGAAUGGACCACGAAGCGUUAGCGGCGAGUCUCAAUGGUAUGGAUACGGGAGAGAUGCAAAAAUGUGGCAAUUUGGUGCUCUCCAUACAUCAUGUGAGGGCGAAGGAGAGAAAUGCGCGCCGGUCAGGUUGUCCAUCGCCGAGUCAUACGCGCGAUACUUUGUUGCCAAAAAAGCCAACCUCGAUCUUCAAGCCCUUGGCCACAGUCAGUGGGACGAUCUUUUCGUCGCGUCACGAAACGAGUACGAAUCAAUCACCGGCACUUCCGAUCCCGAUUUGAGCAGGUUCCGCAAGGCUGGAGGCAAACUGCUCAGCUGGCAUGGGAUGGCCGACCAGAUUAUUCCAGUCAACGGUACGGUCGAUUACACAAACAGAGUCCUCAAGAAAGACCCCAAAGCCCACGACUACUUUCGCAUGUUUCUCGCUCCGGGCGCUGAUCAUAGUAUUUCGAAUGGCCUCGCUCCGCGGAACACGUUGUCCGCGCUGAUUGACUGGGUUGAGAAGGGAAUCGCACCGAUCACAUUGCGGGUUGAGGGGCUCAACGCUUAUGGCAAGCACAUGACGAGAGAUAUCUGCAUGUACCCCAAAGUUCAGCACUACAUUGGUGGGGACCCAGCAUCGUCGACAUCAUUCGCUUGCGUCUAA